UCAAAAGAUUUUUAUAUAUUUUAUUCAUAAAAAUUCGGAACUAUUCAAAGUGGACCACUGUUGACUAACGCACAUCCCCAACUCCAACCCCAAACAAAAGUGGGGCAUUAGCGUAGAAAGUAACCAUACACGAUUCUCUCUUUCAAAGUUUGGUCUCCAAAUUUUCGAAUUUCUACACCUCUUUGGUUUCCUCAGUUGUGACCUUUAACAUCUCUUUUGAUUUUAUUUUUAUUAAAUUACUAUUUUGUCUUGAUCUCAUUGGUUUCACGUGAGCCCUCUCCUCGAGACCCCCCUCUUCCUCCGAGUAGGGCCACCCAAAGUAGAUCAAGAUUUAGAUCUUUACUCCACUCAUUGAUGACUACAUUUACCAUUUUGGCUCCACCACCAUCAUGCCAUCACCUCCCUCCGCCGCCGCCGCCGCCGCAUUCCUCUUUCUCCUCCCACUCUUGGCCACAUUAGCAUCCUCCCUCACCUGCUCGGCGGAGACCAAAACUCUCUGCCCGCCUUUGACCUCGGCGCCGGCGUUCCCCUUCUCGGUGUCCCCCGGCUGCGGCCACCCCUGGUUCCAAAUCCGGUGCUCGCCCUCCGCCUCCGCCUCCAUCUCCAUCAACAACCUCACUUUCUCUCUCCUCCACUACGAACCCAACUCCACAUCCCUGACCGUGUCGCUCACCACACCCCCACAACCCCACCGCAACUGCACCUCCUCCCUCAACAGACCCAUUUCCUUUUCCGGGUCGCCGUUCCGGGUCUCGGAUUCCUCCUGCUCCCGCCUCUCGGUUCUCAAACCCUGCCCGCCCCCAAUUCUCCCCAAUUGCAGCCGCUGCUCCUUCGAAUGCAAGCUCAUCAAGAACCCGCUCCACCUCAUCCAAGAAUGCGCCGCCCGCCACCGCGACGAUUUCCAGCCGGAGUGCCAAGGCGACGUCCUCGGAGUCAUCGACAACAUUCUCAGAAUAGGCUUUGAAGUGGAGUGGGAUGAAGAUCAAGACCCCUAUUUCUCCAGCUGCAAAUCUUGCAGAGCUAAUAAUGGAUUUUGCGGCUUCAAUUCCUCGGAUUCCACCAAACCAUUCCUUUGUUUCUCGCCCAAACCAAUCAUCCGACAACAAAGCCCUAACAAAAUCGCGAUUCUGGCCAUUAUUUCUCUGUUUGUAUGCUUACUGAUUGCGCUCUCCAUCGCCUUCGUUGCGAUUAGGUCAAAGCGAAAAACUUUGCUUGACGCGGAGGAAGAUCCCACCAUCAUUUUCCUCCGCCGCCACCGCUCCGCCAGUCUACUGCCGCCGGUGUUCACCUACGAGGAGCUCGAUGCAUCCACCAAUCAUUUCGACCCCAAACGCAAAAUCGGCGAUGGCGGAUUCGGUUCGGUGUUUCUAGGGCAGCUUUACGAUGGCAGAUUAGUAGCCGUCAAACAUCUCCACAAACACAACUCCGGCGGAGAAAAGGGCUUUUCAAACAAGUCAUUUUGCAACGAAAUAUUGAUAUUAUCAUCAAUCAAUCACCCGAAUUUAGUGAAGCUCCAUGGAUAUUGCAGUGAUCCGAGAGGUUUGCUCUUGGUGUACGAUUACGUGCCUAACGGCACUCUCGCCGAUCACCUCCACGGCAAGCAGAGUUUGUACAGAAAAGGGGCCUUAACGUGGAGCACCAGAGUUGAUAUCGCGCUGCAAACAGCCAUGGCCGUCGAGUACCUGCACUUCUCCGUCGUGCCGCCGGUUGUCCACAGAGACAUCACAUCCGCCAACAUUUUCGCAGACAAAGAUAUGAAGGUGAAGGUAGGUGAUUUCGGGCUGUCGAGGCUUCUUGUGUGCUCCGACGCCACAACAGCGUUGGGCAACGCCUCCGAAGGAGUCUGCACAGGGCCGCAGGGCACACCGGGGUACUUGGACCCCGACUACUACAGGUCAUUCCGGUUGAACGAGAAGAGCGACAUCUACAGCUUCGGAGUGGUGUUGCUCGAGCUGAUCACCGGAAUGAGAGCCGUCGAUCAGAGCAGGGAGAUGAGGGAGAUGACGCUGGCCGAUAUGGUGGUGCCCAGGAUUCAGAUGGGGUUGCUGCACCAGGUGGUGGACCCUGUUUUGGUGGUGGAUAAGGAGGCCAUGGAAGGAGCCGCUGCCAUGGCGGAGCUCGCCUUCCGCUGCGUUGCGGCUGACAAAGAUGAUCGGCCGGAUGCGCGGGAGGUGGCGAUGGAGCUGCGCAGGAUUAAGGGCCGCGGGAAGACUGGUAGCGGCUUGUUGAGGAGUUCCAAUUCAAGCAAUGUGGUUGUUCCUGAUGAUCGGGUUGUGGUUGGAGUUGGAGGCCUAAUGAUUUGAAUGGGGAUUUUGGGUGAAAUACUAAUGUAAAUUAGAUUAGAUGUAAUGCUUUUGUAUUUUUUUAACUUUACUAAGUGAAUUUAACUUCCCUUU